AUGUCACUAGUCACUCCUUUACACUUCAGUUUUGUACAACCGAAUUUCUAUCGUGGUUCGUAUCCACGAGAGAUUAACUUCCCAUUUUUAAGGACUUUGAACUUAAAGUACAUACUAUCACUGACCCCGGAUCCUUUGGACAAGGACCUCGGUAUAUCAAAGUUUUGCACAGAAAACGGUAUAAAAAUGAUUCACAUCGAAUGCUCAAAAGAAACAAAGGAUAAGACCAAGCCAAAAGUGAAGAGAAAGAAGAAAACUGUUCCUAUUGAAUAUGGCGUUUUGCAUGAAUGUAUUAAAUUCUUGAUUGACGGAAGAAAUUAUCCUUGUUACAUGCAUUGUAUGAAUGGCGAGUUGGUGACCUCCUUGGUUGUUGCGUGCUUGCGAAAAUUCUCGUAUUGGGGAACUGUCUCGAUAUUGAACGAAUUCCUAGCCUACAACUCAAGCAUUAAUAUUCAUGAAAGAAGCUUCAUAGAAGAUUUCAACUCUGAAAUAGAAAUUGAUGGUCUUUUACUUCAGGAUAAGGUUCCUUGGAUUGCAAUUCAACAUGUGGCAUCACAAAAACAAGAUGAAUGUAAAAAAGAAAUAGAGAUCACGAAAGUAAGCAGCAGUAAAAAUAUGCUUCCGAAAUUGAAAUUUCAUAGUCUGUAG